CCAAGCUAAACUCAAUUGUUGAUAAACAAGAUAAACAGGAAAUAUCCUUAGAGAAGCAUUAUAAGUGUUAAUCAAAGAAUUAUUUUUAAACAUCCAAUGAUGAGAGAGUAGUUUCUUUCCAGCGUGUGUUUAAUUCGUGCAGUGACUCCUGUUCUUAAAUAUUAGAUUAGCUUCUAUCAAAUUUGUCUCUCCAUUAGGCCUAGUAUUAUUGAAUUUUUUCUCUUAGCAAAUUAGCAGUUCACGUUAUUAAUAAAUAUUCCUUUAACUUUACCAGUUGAGAUUCAAGAAUGGCUAGUUUAAAUGUAUCUGAUGUAAACCCAUUACCACCUGGCUGGGAUUGUAAAUAUGACAAUGUUUCAGGAAAGAGAUAUUAUAUCAACUAUUUUACACGACAUACGAGCAUGGAAGAUCCUAGAGUACAACAUACAGAAAAUAUUCCGCUGCAGGACUUCACAUCAGCAGCAAAUCAUCGGCUGGGUCUGAUGAUGGGAACCAAUUCUCUGAAACGUCAACAGAGCGCAGCAUCAGACAACAAGCAAGCAGCCACAGACCAGACUGUAGCUAAGAUAAGUUCGAUGUUUCCCACUGUCAGCGAAACGCACAUCCGCACACUACUGCUCAAGUACCACAACCGUGAGGCCGUGGUUAUGAGUGCGUUGCAGGUGGAAAAACACCCGCUCACUACACCCGGACCCUACACGCCACCCAUGGGUGCCCGUACUCUCCCGGGGGUGGGGUUGUACGCUGUCACCCCUCCAAGCACCCCUAGAGCAGGGUUCCUCCCCCCUCGACUCUCACCUCGUCCCCACUCAUCUCCCAAGAUGAAGCUCAGGUACCUGAAGAGUGUAUUCCCAGUGGUUGAGGAGACAGUUCUGCUCGACACUCUGAGCAGUUCGGACAACAAUGUCCACCGUGCGACGCAGACGCUGCAGUCUAUGGGGUUUGACAAGCGGGCGACGCCCCCGCCAAGAGUGUGUCUUCAGAAACAAACACCUUCUACACAGUCUGCCCCCCCGGCGCCGCAGCACUCACCCCCCGCCAGGAUGAAGAGCGUGGAAGAAAAGCAAGAGAUGAAGGUUCGGCUGAGGGAAAAACACCCUGACGUAGCCGAGAGAGUUGUCUCCAUUGCUCUGGACAGUGUGGACUACGAUGAGACCAAGGCAGAUCAAAUACUGACCAUGGCUGAUGAAACGCCUCCAGCUACAGAAGACAAGAAAAAUCCCGACUCUAGUAGUGGACAUGAAGUGAUGAAGGAGAUCAUUGUAGAAGAGCCGUCUCAGCCUCCUUCUCCUGAAUCUCCUCCUGACAGUCCAUCCGGAAAGAGGAACAAGAAUAACAGAAACUCCAGAUCUAUCGACAUGACCGACUUCAGUGGUUAUCGUUCUCUGCUCACCAGACCAGCUCUGGGACCUAAUCCAAGACUCGUUCGCGGACCUGAUCAAUCAUUGUUGCUUGUGUCCCACAGGCCGGACUACGUAGCCUGGUGUGGUAGUGGGGGUUUGGCACGGGGCCCCGACCCUCUACACUGUGAGGGCCCCUCCUCUCCUCGGGGCCCCGACCCCUCUCUACGCAAGGGCCCUCGUGCUGGACUUGCCCGAGGCAGUAUCUACUCUCAGCUCGCUGCUCUCUCAUUGGCCGAGUCUCGUGGCAAAUAGCGGUGGUGCUUCACCUUGUAAUGGACGUUAAUGAAGAACUACAAGCCUGCGUAACUUUUGAAUAACGUAAUUAUAAAACAAUAGUUAUAAUUGUACAAAACUAUUGUUUAGGUUAUAAUUGAUAGGAAAGCUAAGUCGCUAAUUAGGAAUGUUCUUUAAAAAGGAUAGUUCAACUAGCUUUCCUGAGAAAAAGACCAGAAGCUAAUUUACACACAAUAACAGGUCACAAAACAUUCCUUUUGGAAAAUUCUCCUUAUAGGGAAAAUAUCACAUUAAUUGUGA